GACAGUAUGUUGACGUGUAUUUUUGACAGAUCAAUUUUGUAAGUAAUAAUUUUUGCGUUAAAACAAAAUCAUGUCUACGUUAGAAGAUAUAUCGAUAUGGGAAGACGGCGAAGAAGCUUUAGGUGAAGAAGUAUUAAGAAUGUCCACCGAUGAAAUAAUAAGCCGUACCCGUUUAUUAGACAACGAGAUAAAGAUAAUGAAAAGCGAAGUGAUGAGAAUCAAUCACGAAUUACAAGCCCAAAACGAGAAAAUAAAAGAAAAUACCGAAAAAAUAAAAGUGAAUAAAACGCUACCGUAUCUGGUAUCGAACGUAAUUGAAUUAUUAGACGUGGAUCCUCAAGAAGAAGAAGAAGACGGCGCCGUGGUAGAUUUGGAUUCCCAAAGAAAAGGAAAAUGCGCCGUUGUGAAAACAUCGACGAGACAAACUUAUUUUUUACCCGUAAUAGGUCUCGUCGACGAAGAAAAAUUAAAACCCGGCGAUUUAGUCGGAGUUAACAAAGAUUCGUAUCUAAUAUUGGAAACUUUACCCGCAGAAUACGACGCUAGAGUAAAAGCUAUGGAAGUAGACGAAAGACCGACAGAACAAUACUCAGAUAUAGGAGGUUUGGACAAGCAAAUACAAGAACUUAUCGAAGCGGUUGUUUUACCAAUGACUCACAAAGAUAAGUUCGUUAAUUUGGGGAUACACCCCCCAAAAGGUGUUUUGUUAUACGGCCCCCCUGGAACUGGUAAAACUCUACUAGCUAGAGCUUGCGCUGCUCAAACUAAAUCGACUUUUUUGAAAUUAGCCGGUCCGCAGCUAGUUCAGAUGUUCAUUGGAGACGGGGCGAAGCUCGUCAGGGACGCUUUCGCUCUAGCCAAAGAAAAAGCUCCCGCUAUAAUAUUCAUCGACGAAUUGGACGCUAUCGGGACGAAAAGGUUCGAUUCGGAAAAAGCGGGCGACAGGGAGGUGCAAAGGACGAUGUUGGAGCUACUUAAUCAACUCGACGGGUUCAGUUCGACGUCAGAUAUCAAAGUUAUAGCGGCUACGAAUCGAGUUGACAUCCUUGAUCCCGCUCUGCUCAGAUCCGGUAGAUUGGACAGGAAAAUCGAGUUUCCACAUCCAAACGAAGAGGCAAGAGCGAGAAUCAUGCAGAUCCAUUCGAGGAAGAUGACAGUGAAUCCCGACGUAAAUUUCGAGGAAUUGGCGAGAUCGACGGACGAUUUUAAUGGGGCGCAAUGUAAAGCGGUUUGCGUCGAGGCGGGGAUGAUUGCGCUACGUCGAAAUGCUGUAGCGGUUACUCACGAGGAUUACAUGGAUGCUAUUAUGGAAGUGCAAGCAAAGAAAAAGGCUAAUCUUAAUUAUUAUGCUUAAUAUUUAUGUAAUUUUUUUUGUAAACGAUUUGUAAUUAAAUGAUUUAGUUUAA